CUCUCCUCUAUCAAACAAAUAAUGGCGAUGUUUAGGACAUCUUUUUGGGUCAUCUCCUUUCUUGUUCCUUCGCUAUUCGGUUUUGCCGAUUGCUUGACCAAAGGGAGCGACACGGACAGAUCGGCCUUACUCGACUUUAAGUCUCGCAUGCAGGAUGCCCCAGCUGAGGUCUUUGGCUCUUGGAAUGGGACUGGCGACUUUUGCCAGUGGCGGGGUGUCACCUGCGGCUCAAAGCACCGGAGAGUCACAGUUCUUGAUCUCCAGUCCAUUAGGCUAGUGGGCUCGAUUCCACCCUUCAUUGGGAAUUUAAGCUUCCUGCAGAAAAUCCAUCUGCAAGACAAUAAAUUCACUGGCACAAUCCCAUCCGAGAUAGGCUUUCUGCACCGGCUCGAGGUACUGGAAUUGUACAACAACUCACUCACCGGUAAUAUUCCUCUAGGCCUGGCCAACUGCUCUAACCUUAUCUCUAUCAGUAUCGCUUUUAAUCAGCUCGUGGGACGAAUUCCUGAUGAGUUAGGCUCAUUAACUAAGCUCGAGUAUAUAUCUCUAGCUGCUAAUUAUCUUACCGGGCCUAUCCCGUCUUCUAUGGGAAACUUGUCCUCUCUUAACAUUCUCUCUGCUGCAAAAAAUAACUUUACUGGAAGCAUCCCCGAUUCUCUGGGCCAGCUCAGGAACAUUCAGAGAAUAUUACUAGGCAUGAAUAACUUGACAGGUCCAAUCCCUCUCUCGAUUUUCAAUCAGUCUACCCUGACGGUUCUCGAUUUGGUGUACAACAAUUUUCAUGGGGGUCUGACCUCAGACUUGUUCAAUACUCUCCCGAAUCUCCAAGACAUUGGCCUCGGUUUUAAUCAGAUUUCUGGGCCCAUCCCGACUUCGAUAUCUAAUGCUUCGAACCUAGUGCGGUUUCGAGCUGCGGUUAAUCAAUUCAGUGGAGCAAUGCCUUUGUUGGGGAGGCUUAUUGGGCUUCAGGUCUUGACCAUCUCAUCCAAUAAUCUCGGGACAGGUAGAGACGACGACAUGAACUUUCUUUCUUCCUUAAUCAAUGCAACCCAACUACAAAGGGUUGAUUUUCAUAACAAUCAAUUCGGAGGUUCCUUCCCAGAGGCUGUCAGCAACUUCUCGACUAGUCUCAUAGACUUGUCCCUCGGCAACAAUCGAAUAUCCGGGAAAAUCCCAUCUGAAAUUGGAAAUCUUGUCAACUUGCAAGGUCUAGAUAUGUGGGGUAAUGAAUUUACUGGAGCAAUUCCCUCAGAUAUCGGUAUGCUCCAACAGCUCGUAACCUUGUUCUUCGACAGUAAUAGGUUAUCAGGGGACAUUCCACCCUCCUUUGGAAAUUUGACCCUUCUUACUGAUCUUCGCCUUGGAAAUAACUUGUUGCAGGGAGAGAUCCCUCCCAGUCUAGGAAUGUUGCAAAAUCUGAAUUUCCUCGAACUUUCUAGGAACAGUCUUAGCGGUUCCAUACCAAUAGGAAUAUUCAGUCUUUCAUCACUGUCAAUUGGGUUGGAUCUCUCCCAGAAUAAUCUUACUGGUACCCUACCCAUAGAACUAGGAAAGUUGAAGAACUUGGGAGUGCUGGAUGUUUCGGAGAACAAGUUAUCAGGUGAUAUUCCAGAAAGUCUUGGGAGCUGUAUAAGCUUGGAGCAAGUCUCAUUGAAAGGAAAUAACUUCCAAGGAGACAUUCCUGGGUCUCUAAGUUCGUUAGGGGGCCUCCAAGUAUUAGACAUUUCCCGGAAUAAUCUGUCGGGCAAGAUCCCCCAAUUCUUAGGAAGCUUAAAGUUGCUGCAAGUCCUGAAUCUGUCUUAUAACCACUUUGAAGGAGAGGUACCCAUCGGUGGAGUUUUCAAGAAUGCGAGCGCAGUUUUUAUCAGGGGAAAUAAUGAACUUUGUGGAGGAUCAGUCGAGCUGAAUCUACCGAAAUGCAUUUCAAAAGAGACCAAGAGGAAAAGGUGGGGUCUGGCCUUGAAAUUGGUGGUUUCAAUCGUGCCUGCUCUGCUGGGAGUAUCACUUUUGGCUCUCUGUCUCUUCCUCUGCCUGUUGAAUAAGAAGAAGAAAAAGAAAGGCCCAUCAUCCAACUCCGCUGAAACACCACUUUCAGCUUUGUCAUAUCGCAGCCUUCUGAAAGCUACUGAUGGCUUCUCAGAAGAAUGCGUGAUUGGAGUUGGUGCAUUUGGCUCUGUCUACAAAGGAAUCAUCAAUGAGGAUGAGAGUGAGAAGAUAAUUGCUGUUAAGGUUCUCAAUUUGCUACACCGUGGAGCCGAAAAGAGCUUCUUAGCAGAGUGCAAGGCACUAAGAAACAUCAGGCAUAGGAACCUCAUCAAGGUUCUCACAGCAUGUUCAGGAAUCGAUAGCAGCGGAAAUGAUUUCAAGGCCAUCGUGUACGAGUACAUGCCCAAGGGAAGUUUAGAGAAUUGGGUGCAUCCGACAGUUGAAGAAGAACGAGGAGACAGCGCACAUGGAACACGGAAGCAGCUCAGUCUGCACCGAAGGCUGAACAUUGCUAUUGAUGUUGCCUCUGCGUUGGAUUAUCUUCAUCAUCAUUGUGAAGCCCCAACAGUUCACUGUGAUCUCAAGCCAAGCAACAUUCUUCUUGACGAGGAAAUGGUUGCACAUGUCGGUGAUUUCGGGCUUGCCAAGUUUAUUUUGGGACCCAAUGAGCAAGUACGUACUCCCCAAUCAAGUUCAGUUGGGAUUAGGGGUUCUACCGGUUAUGUUGCUCCAGAAUAUGGAAUGGGAACCGCAGCAUCAACGUCUGGCGAUGUCUACAGUUACGGCAUCCUCUUAUUAGAGCUGUUCACUGGGAAGAGACCCAUUGAUAAUCUUUUCGAUGAAAAUAUGGAUCUUCAUGCAUUUGCAGAGAAAGCUCUGUCCGGUAAAGUGAAAGAGAUCGCUGACCCAGUACUUGUUGAAGAAAUGCUUCAGACAGAUGAGCCAAUAAAGACAGAGGCCUGUUUGGCCUCGGUAUUUCGAAUUGGAGUAGCCUGUUCUGCGAAAGUGCCCAACGACCGAAUGAAUAUCGGCGAUGUGGUGGUGGAGUUGACCUCUCUCAGAAGCAGAAUUAUUCCGAGGACAAGAGGCCAUAUAAAUGUAGAAGCACUUAAUAAUGUCUGAGCUUUGUCAAACAAAAAAAAGGCUUUCAUGGCAGUUUACGCUUUGUUCAAGUAAAGAGGUCUCAUCCUGAUAUUUCGUUUUCAAAAGUUUCAUUCCAGAAACAUGUUGAAGACAUAAUGAAAUUUGAUUACCUAAUGAAUGAUCAAGGGUGUUCGCAGU